ACGACCACCUGUCGUACUUUGUCCUGAAUAUACAUCGUCACCCAUGCUGGCAUUACUUUUUGUGAACACAGAACACACCAUGCUGAACUUCCUGCUCCUACUUUCUGUGACUGCCUUUGUAAGGGUCCAUUCAUCGACCACAGCAUCCACAGCAUCCACGCCUUCUGCUGCGACCACCACCGCGAUACCCGUCCUUGCUGUAUCAACGCGUCAUGUGAAGGACACUAACGAACACAACAGCUUUCACUUCUAUUACGAUCACACAUCAGGAAACAUGCUUAUGAUCGGCCACUCGUCCUGCUAUGUACUGGCUCUAACUGACGCGGAGAGGAUAGCAGUCCACGACCCUGUAAACAUAGAGACUUUGGAAUUGCAGUUGAUGGCCCUGGUAGCUAAUCCAGCAUCACAAAGUCCAGUAGACAAGACGACCGCCCCUUCGUUUAUCACCCAUCACUGUCGUCACCGGAAUGUCUUCAAUCUGACUCGGGCAUAGAUACUUUACUGUGACGUAGCUGUAUUGAUGGAAAUUCAAUUCAAUUAUCUCUUAAUAAUAAAUUGAUACGGAUCACAUAUUUAAGGACUGCACGCGCCCUACGUCAUUGUUAUCAUAUUACAGACAUGAGGGUUGAUUGAUAACUUCUGAGCCACACAUAGUUAAAAUUUCGGGAAUAGUGAAAUCUUUUGUUUUCUACGUUACCUCAUAAGCACAGGAGUCUCUAAUGUAAACUGGGAUCUGUGAACUUUGGAAAUUGAACAAACCUGAGGAACAUGUAAUGAUGAAGUACUUGCGGAAGAAGGGCUUAACACGACAAGCCAUAUAUAAAGAUAUGAGUACAACUCUGGGGAAGGAUGACCCUCCUAUGCCAACGUCAAGGGGUGGACACUAGAGCUUACGCCUGGCAGGAAGAGCCUUGAAGACGACCCCGACCUGACAGGCCUGUCAUGUCAUCAACAUUAGAAGAGACUCCACCUUAUGUGAUGACCGACCGGUGAACCGCUGAACUUUCAUAUUACUACUUCAGUAGGCAUUUGCCAGGAGAGACAUUUCAUUAUCAUAUGAACUUUGGUAAUGAAGAAAGUAUCAACUCAUUGGGCUCCAAAGUAUAUAUGAAAUAGAUAUCAAAAUUGUUGUCCUCAAUAUGAUAUUACAAAGAUGUUCCUUA